UCCUCUCUUGAAAUAACGGAAGGGUUUCAGUGCCAUGGAGAUGCGCGCUCUUCCGUUGUCCUCAUCACACAACUGUUGCCCUCCGACCCUUGGAUCCUGCAACAGCAGAUGUGCUCCAAGGCCCAGUGCUUGCUCCGUCAGGCCAGGAAGAGUGUGGGCUAUGACGGAGGAAAAGAAGAGCGGGGAGGAAGGAGCGACGAAAAAGAGCAAGCAGUCCUUGUUUGGAAGCAUCACCGAAGCCCUCGACUUCUCCCAGGUGAGGUCCUCUCAGGAUGCCGUGCUCAUAGAGGACGCGAGGGAGAUCACCAGAUCGGGGAAGAAGAUGACUAGAGAACAGUAUGGUGCGCUUCGGAGGAAGAUUGGAGGCACCUACAAGGAUUUCUUCAAGUCCUACGUAGAUGUUGACGGGCAAUACGUGGAGGAAGGUUGGGUGGACAAGACCUGCAAGGUAUGCAAGAAGGACACGAAAGGGGAACCAAGGCAGGUCGACAAACUCGGAAGAUAUGUUCAUGUGGCAUGCUUAGAGAAACCAAAUACCGGCAAUUUUUUCUCCAGGCUCUUCUCCGGAUGACUAGCCCUUUCUUUACGUCUUCUCAGUGUGCCAAUACGUAUACACAGUAUCCAUAGUACCAAUGUAACAGAAGUAAAUUAUUUUUGUAUACAUUGAUGUCCUCUUUGAUUAGCUUC